AUGUCCAUCACUUCAUUUCCAGCAAUUACUUUACAUUCUGACAUUCAAAUGAAAUGCUUUCAACGUUUUAUAAGGCAGAACUGUAAGGUACACGUAAAUGGAGCUUGUGAGUUAUUCAGUAUCGUUUUCCGAAUGUGCAAGAACGGUUGGAUACCAAGUUUCUGUGGAGAUGGGCAAAAAUAA